AUGGCUAAAGCUCGUGAAGCACCUAAGCUCGUGUUGUCACAUGAAAUCAUCACAGAUGAGACGGAAAAGUCAUUCAUGGGGGGGCUGCUGAGACGACAAAAGGGACCCCAAUGGCGGGCCAUCCUGAGAAUAUGGACUCCCAACACUCCGAGGCUCAUGCGCAAGGGAUUUUCCUGGGGUGUUGGCGACGUCAAUGUGGCUAGAGGAUAUGUCCAGCUGAACGACAAUGUCACUGGUCGUGCUUGGGGAUUGGGCCGUCGUUUUAAGCACAUUCGAGUAUAUGACCUCCAACCACCAGGCGACAGGGUGGAAUGGAUUGGUCAUAUAUCGGUAUUCGCACAAGAGGCUGCUACUCUGGCCCAGUUUGAUCUCAGCUGUAUCACCCCGGAGAUGGCCCUGAAGAUGGUAGCAACCAACUGGCAGAAAAGACUUGUCUACUUGGCUGAUCGGCGUCGACCUGAUCUCAACUUCAAUACGAUCUAUGGUUCGAUGCCCUUGAAGGGCUGGUGGAUGUGGCCCAAGGCCGAAGCGUCUAUCAGUGAACGAACAACAACAGCUUCGGGGAGCGAUAAGGCGUUGGAAUGCCCGAAGAAUAGUCCAACGACAGGUCCCAGCGGCAUCGCGGAGCGAUACAUCGUGUUCGUGUGCGGAGAUAGAGACUCGCAGGCUCCCAAGCCCUAUUCAAAAGCGGUCACAAAAGGAGAGGGAGACAUGGAAAAAACCAUAGAAAUCGGAUACGCUCCGUGA